AUGAAAAUAGGUAACCCCGGUGUGAUUGGCUUUUACAUGACCUUUAUGCAGACGCUUCACCAGACGUUGGGCUGGUGCUACCCUGUGUGGGCAGUGACCCAUGCUGGACACUGUGUGCCUCCUGAUACUAUGGACGUGAUUGAUGAUGUCAUACUGAUGUAAUACUGAAUACUAAUGAUGAACUUUGAUCUUUGCAGACUGAAUGGAAGGAUGAAGCACAAGCUGGUCUUCCUCAGUGAGCACAUUCCCAGGGACACUUGCCUGGUCCUAAUGGGCCACUCCGUCGGCUGCUACAUCAUCCUGGAGAUGUUGACGUUGGAUCCUGAGCUGCAGGUGGUGAAAUCCGUGAUGCCGAUCCCCACCAUUGAGCGCAUGGUGGUGACCCCUUAGGGCAGGCUGUUGACCCCGGUGCUGUGCCACCUGCGCUAUGUAGCUUACCUGCCCGUCUUCCUCCUCUCUCUGCUGCCUGAAGUAUUCUCUUCUAUCCAGUAAUCACUUCCCCAAUAAAACUGCAUCUCAUAUUGUGUUGCGGCACUGAAUCAGUUGA